CUAUUGCUUUGAUACAAAGUAUAACUUUUAGUUAUGUAUCAUUAUGUAUAUUUGUGAUAAGAAUGCAUAAAAAAGAAUCAAAUAUUUUGAGAAUUAGAACUUAAAAAAUAUUUAAAGCUUGAUUUAAUUAAAUUAUAUUGAAUUUUUUGGGCUUAACUAAACUCAAUCUUGGUAACUAUGAUUUUUUGUGAGAAUUGAGGUGGGUUGCUGAGGGGAUACUUUAAGAUAUUAAUUUAAAUCUGCCAUGUACCAUGAGUUUACUCCAAGUCAUUUCUCUGUAUUGUUAAAUGCUGCAACUCAGAACCCAACCUGGAGAAUCUUUAAUUACUUUUGACCAGUCAUUCUUGCUCUGCUAUUGAAAGCCACCCAUUUAUGUAUUCUUGUGGAGAAAAUAGUACUCCUUAUUUGAUGUUGUUUUAUUUCUUGAACUUAUGAUAUUGUUAUUUUUGAGUGGAGAAAAGGCCAAUACAUCCCCCUACAGUUGCUUCUAAGUUAAUAGAACAGGAAUACUUGUAGCCAGAGUCAUCUGUCAUCAGAAAGAGUCCACCAAAACUUGGGACAGCUUACCAACAUGCAACGCUCUUCAAUGACCCCGCAACCCUAUGUGCUUCCUUGGCCUAAUUUAUUCUCUCUCCUCCCUUAUGGAAAAACCAUGUUUUUCAUUUUUCAUUUUUUUUUAAAAUUAAGUCUUCUGUGGUGGAAAUGUUGCCUACUAAAUCCCCUGCUCCACUACACGUGAUGCCAUGAGAGGGGUGACCAGAUUAGGAGAGACACUUUAUAACUUUUUUUUUCCCAUUCAUUAUUAUUUUUUCACUUAUACUAUACUCCUAAAUUUAAUCUAAAGUUGAAAAUUCAUAAAAAUAGCUUUCCCAUUACUGCAACUACCCUUGAUUCUUGUGCAUGUCAUCCCUUCCUAGUUGUUUUCUGGUCUAUUAUUAUUCUCUCUAUCUCUCUCAAAGGUUUCAACUUCUCGAUCUUAGCAGUCAGUUCAGCUUGCAAGCUCACCAUAAUUCACUACCUUCCAUGUCUACCUUUAUUUAUUCUCAUUAUCCUUUUCCCUAGAAUAAGAAAGAAAAACAAAAUAAGUUAGAAAAGGAUUGUAGUAGUACUUUUAUGUAUUAUUGCUGAGGAUUUUAGUAGUACUCUAGAUUUUAUUAUUUAUGAAAUUAAAGCAAUUGUAUUAAUAUUUUAGUAGUUGCAAGUAAAUGACGCAUCUUCUGACACCCACCACGCUUAUGCCCACUAAAAUCUUCUCACCUUUCCCAGUGAAUUAUUUUUUGGUAUUCAAUCUCUUUCUCUUCUCAACUCCCCCUCCACUGUGAUUAUUUGAGUAGCUCCUGGAUUCCUCCUUUAGCCUCUCUCUCUCUCUCCCUCUCCCUCUCCCUCUCCCUCUCCCUCUCCCUCUCUCUCAUUUGCAUAUAAUAUUUAAAUCUCAUUAACAAACUUAGCUACAAAAAAAAAAAAGGAAAGAUCUGAUAUAGGUGGGGUAUAUAGCUUCCCACAUUCUUUUACUAGCAUAUAUUGAUGGAAAAUGCUGUAUUUUGGUGGGUAAAUAUCGAGUUUUUGGCUGGUUUUAAGAUCUGAAUGUGAUGAUCCAUGGGGAAAAAAGGGAGUACUUCUUGGUUAACUGCUGUUAAAAGAGCUUUUAGAUCUCCAACUAAAGAGAAUCAUGACAAGGGUAGAAAUUGCAGAAGGAAAGAAGAACAUCAUGACCUUCCAUCAGAGGAUCAAGAUGAUGAAAAGAAGAAGGAGAAAAGGAGAUGGCUUUUCAAGAAGACCACAAAUCAGCAGGAAUCAUCACCUACUACAGCUGUACAACAGGGCCCUCGAGUAAAGGCUAGUAGUAUUGGUGGUCCUGUUGCUGCAGCCACAGGAAGCGAUGUGUCUGAGCAGAGGCAUGCAAUUGCAGUGGCAGUUGCCACGGCUGCUGCCGCAGAAGCUGCUGUUGCCACAGCGCAGGCUGCAAUGGAGGUGGCUAGACUUACCAGAUCAACACCCAACAAUAAUGCCAACCAUCCCAGAGAACAUUAUGCAGCUAUUCUAAUUCAAACUUCCUUUAGAGGAUAUUUGGCUAGAAGAGCGCUCAGAGCAUUAAAAGGGCUGGUAAAGUUGCAAGCUUUGGUAAGAGGACAUAAUGUGAGAAAACAAGCCAAGAUGACAUUGAAAUGCAUGCAAGCUCUGGUUAGAGUUCAAUCCCGGGUACUUGAUCAGAGAAUGAGAUUAUCACAUGAUGGUAGCAGAAAAUCGACUUUCAGUGACACUAAUAGUCUGGUUGAAUCCCGCUAUCUUCAAGACAUAGCAGAAAGAAGAUCAGUUUCACAUUCAAGAGAACAAAGCAGCAUAGCAGAGGAUUGGGAUGAAAGGCCACACACCAUUGAAGAAGUCAAAGCUAUGUUGCAGAGCAGAAAAAUUGCUGUUCUCAAGAGAGAAAAGAGCCUCUCUCAAGCAUUUUCACAGCAAAUGUGGAGAAGUGAUAGGAGUUCAGUAGGAGAAGAAGAAUUUGAGGAGAAACCCAGGUGGUUAGAUAGAUGGAUGGCAUCUAAACAAUGGGAUUCCACUAUUUCGGGUUCACCAGCCAUUAGAGCUAGAGCUUCAACUGAUCACAGAGACUCUGUCAAAACUGUUGAAAUUGACACUUCUGAGCCUUACUCUUACUUAGCUCCUAACUCCAGAAGAUCAGUAACAUCAACAUCAGCAAAUCACUACCAUGCUCAGUACCAUAACCAACGUCCAUCCUCACCGCUUCACAGUAGGGCUCACCACAUCCAAUCCCAAUCCCAAUCACAUCAUCAUUACAACCAACAUCAACAUCCACCACCCUCAACACCCUCUCCAUCACGUGCCCGGCCUAUCCAAGUCCGGUCCGCUAGCCCACGGUGUAUUAGAGAAGAUAGGAGCUACAAUAGUCAAGUAUCCCAAACACCAAGUUUAAGGUCUAAUUACUUCUACAAUGGUAACAUCCACCCAAAUAACAGAGCUCCUAGUGCCACAUCUAGCAGUGGUGGGUCCAUACCCAAUUACAUGGCUGCUACAGAGUCCGCCAAGGCUCGUCUCCGAUCCCAUAGCGCCCCGAGACAAAGACCCUCUACGCCAGAGCGAGAUAGAGCCGGGAUCGGGUCCGGAGCCGGGGCUAAGAAGAGGUUAUCGUAUCCCAACCCUGAUCCAUACAGUGGGGUGGGGGGAUAUGGGAGUUACAAUCUAAGGAGUCCAAGCUUCAAAAGUGUGAGUAAUGCUCAAUUAGGAAUGAUGGAACAACAAUCAAACUAUUCAUCUUGCUGUACUGAUAGUCUCGGGGGUGAGAUUUCCCCUUCCUCAACCAGUGAUCUUAGAAGGUGGUUGAGAUAACAAUUUUCAUUAAUUGUUGGUUUGCUAACUUUAUUAGACAGUGAAAGUCAGUGAGGAGCUGGGAAAGGUUUAAUAAAUUUAUUCUCAUCUGUGAUACCAAUGUUUUGAUUAUUGGUUGUUGGUUCAUUAAUUUUUCUGUUUGUAGUUGAAAUUGGGGUAUACCCUCUUUCAAUAUCCUAAUAGGGUUUGGGAUUUUUCUCAUUUAAUUGUGUAUUAUCCAUGUAAUCAUAUAAUUUGUGACUGUCUAAAUCUUAUUCUAAUUGAGCAAAAUAACAAAUGUUGCUUGUACUAGAAAUAACAGUGUAUUGCUUCUUUUAGUUGUUUUUUAGCAAAUACAAGUUUAUCUGCUCUG